AUGUGAAAGCUCACAUCGUUUACAUAUUUUCAGAUCACAGCUUCCGCUGCUCAAUCUAAAUCAUGUCCCCUUUUGCUGGAACAAAAAAUCCAUCUCCACCCAGAUUCUAUUUAACCUCUAAGCUCAGAAGUUACGCUAGCAGAAAAAUUAUUAUCUAACGAACAGAAGCGGCCCGCAACAAUGUUCUUACAGCAUCAUCGCGAUUCUAAUCCGUCAAAGUGCCUUAUCAUUUUUCUGGUAUGUCAGCUGUAUAGCAGUUACUAGAAUGCCUUCAGAAAAUGAUUGUGUUGUCAGUAUGGCAGUUACGGAUGCCUCUUCUGAAUAUAAAUGAUUAAAUGCGCUCAACAAAUACUAAAGUAAGUGAAGCUGCUAUUCGUAUGGACGUUUCCUCGUCGGAUAGCGGCAAAAUUGACGUAAGAUAAUGCGCUCAUUGGAAAUGACGGCACCCUGGCAAGACGAAGAAGAAGACGUUGAAGUGGAAGUGGACAUGGAGCUGAAGCACAAUAAUCUAAACGGAAGAACAGAUGAUCUCACAGAGUCGAGUAGUGACGAAACCACAGGAAAGAAGCGACGGAAACAUGGAGGAAGUGUAUCAAGUGGAAGUGCAUCGAGUACAACGGCGCCAUACAGACGGCGGAAAACAUGUAUAAGUGCCAGAGAGAGAAACUUACGAAGACUGGAAAGUAACGAGAGAGAAAGAAUGAGAAUGCAUUCGCUCAACGAUGCAUUUGAGCAACUUAGAGAAGUAAUACCACACAUAAAAAUGGAAAGAAAGCUCUCAAAAAUAGAAACCUUAACAUUAGCAAAAAAUUACAUUAUGGCCCUCACGAACGUCAUAUGUGAGAUGAGGGGAGAAGAGAAACACUACACAUUCCAGGAUGCUGAGAGUGACAGCAAUAUCGAAGUAGAAACCCCAGAAGAAGCCAAUAAUAAUAGUAUGUUUCAAGAGAACUUAGAAACGUUCCCGGAGGAUGCAAUGGUCAACUAAUUAGUAAAUAAUAUCGAUAAUUAUUGUUAGCUGCUAACUAUUGGCAGCAAAUUCGCUAAAACUGCUAUGUAGUUGCAACAUUUUCGAAUUUCACAUUUGAAAGAGGAUCACAAGUAACGGAAUACAUGCAUUUAUUGGUUUUGCAAUAAAUGCCUUGUAAACACUAGAAAAUAAUGUUUUGCGUUUCACACGUGAGACAUAACUGUUGACUAGAUAUAGUUUGUGAGCCUCUUUCGAAUUGAACAGUAAGUGAUUGAUGUCAAUUGAAUAUACAUUCAGUUAACAAUCGUUAAAUAAGUAUAACGUUCUACAUUUCAGACACUUUCCGUUUAUAAGACAAAUGAUGAACUGACGAACUGUAGGAUUAUUGAGGUUGUUAACUGGAUUUGAAAGUGCGGUAUUCGAAACAAGACAUUCCAGGUUGUAUACUUAAACUUUGUUGUGAAAAAGACCAUUCCAUUUACGGUAGACUAUAGUUAUUAGUUAAUUAAGUCAAAUUAUAUUUACAUAAAAUCGCUACUUGUCAAAAUCUGAAGAGCCUAAUUGUAUAUUUUAAAUACCAUAUAUGUAUAUUUGAAUAUCUAACCCGAAAUGAGUUGUAAUUAAACAGGGUAUUUGUGUUGUGUAACAUUGGUCGUCUAUAAAAGCUUUGCGAUUUUCGAAAAUUACCGAAUCAUUAUUUUAAGACGUUAAUCGCUUCUACAGUACAGUACUUAGCACAAGACAAAUAUUUAAAGAAACGAGUAUAAUGAUUAAUCAAUUACUACUUGACACAAGUGAUUAUUCCGCAAUGGUCUAGAAUUUACAUUUUUUAAACAAUCAAAAUAUUAAUAAGCGUGACAUCGAUCGAUUUGUUAGUGUUAAGGCUUAUUCAGACACGUAAGUACAAAUGUUAAAAAACAGCGGCAGAAACAAAUAAAACCUAAAGAUUCAAGAGCCACAAAGCAAAAAAACACGUGAUUAAAGCUGUUUGUUAUAAAACAACGUCCGAAUAAUAAAAAAAAUAUAUUUUGCUUAAACUCGCUUCUCUCGUUUGAACAGAGUCAAUUGGAAACUUGCCCUAUAGCGGGAAUACUUUUACAAUUAGACACAUAAACCAUUUAUAAUCUACCUAUAAUCUGUUUAAUAGCCCUAUUCGCUUUAUUAUACGAAUGAUAAUCGCCUUUAGGUCGAAGUAAGAUUAUGUGAAUUUCGUAUGGACCAGUCGACGUCAUAUCGCUGUAAGAGUACACUCAUAAAUUAUCACUAGUUAAAACAGGAAAAAAAAUCAAGCACCUAAUAUCAAGGUACCUAUCAGACAAUAUCUAUUGACGAAUAUUUUGUACCAAAUUAUUACGCCACUUUUCAACCGUGUGGUGCAAAUUACAAAUCACCAUAUUUCCUUGCCAAAACUGGAAAAAAUGAAGUCUGAAAUAGAUGCAGAAGAAUAGUAGACGUAGAUGAAGUAUAUUUUUAUGAAUAUAUUUUAAAUUGCGUUACAAGCACGCCUUGUCGAUAAUUUAAAUUAUAUUGCGUUUUCAAUAUGGUAACUAACUAAGUCAUUUAAAUACAAUAUAUCAAUUCCAUGUAAAUAAAAAAUUAUUCUACAUAUAUAUUUUAUCUGUAGGCUUUGUUAUAGGCAUGGGAAAGUAUAUGAUUUGCUUAGAUUCAUACUGAUCUAAAUCAUUAUGCCUAGUGACCAAUACUUCCUAGUAAAUUUCUUAGAAAAAUAUUAACAUAUUUAUUUUUAUAUGUAAAAUCUGUUUGUCCUUUCGUCUCUUAGAAAUCUAAUUAUAGAACAGCGCAGUUAAUCAACGAGAUUAUCAAAAAAAGUACCGUUCCGACAAACCCAAAUUCUUGUAUAUAAUGGGGUUUUGUAUGAGGUAUUUCUAAUUUUAAUUAAAUCAAUAUUGUAAUUAUUAGUCAAAAUGUAGCCUACGAAGCAUAUAUUGUGAAGUUACCUGAAAGUUAAUCAGUCGAAGGGUAUUGCAGGAAUACUCAGUUCUAAAGCUCAAGUUAAUUUAUGAUUAGUUGGAAAACAUGCCAAAAUAUGCCAAAGUAGCUGUGCAUAAACUAAACUAUGUGCUAAUUAAUAUCAGUUGAAGUUUUUCUCCGGGAUUACAAGCUGCCAACCAUUGGAAUUGUUACAGAAAGAACUGUCGAAACUAUCCUAAAAAUUGUUACGAUUAGUUCGAUAAUGUUCACCACAGAUGUGAACUAAAAGUCGGAAAGUAAUUCCAAUGGAGCACGGCUUAUAAGCCCUAAAACCUUUUCAACCGAUAUUUUGGCCGGCCGUGCAAACCGUCAUAGUCUGAUUAUAUGCUAAUAGUCAGCAAACAAGUUUUAAUUUUCUCCUUAUCCAUUGAGAGUUUUUAGAUUUCGUAUAUUUUGGUGUGUUAGGUAAUAGCUAGAAUCUUGGAGAGUUCCAAACAAAAAUGUGAUAGUAGAAAAAACUUUGACAAGUUUUUUAGUUUAUUAAUCAUAUAAAGUAUAUUAUAUAUAUUUUAUGACGUGUCUAUUAAAGUUUUAAGCAUUGUAUUCUUAUAUUUAAAUAUUCUAAGACAGUUGUAACUAUAUGCAUUAUGGUAAUCCUAUGAAAAGAGAUGCGUAAAUAUAUUAAUGAGAAAAUAACUUAAAAAUUGAUGUGUAUGAUUACAUAAAAAAUAUACGUCAACUUGUUAGUAGCAAAAUGA